GCAGAGCCUGUUUACUCACCCACAAUGGCCGGUGGACUCUUCUCCAUCGACAGGGAGUUCUUCGAUCGCCUGGGAACCUACGACUCUGGCUUCGACAUUUGGGGUGGCGAGAACCUGGAGCUGUCCUUCAAGACCUGGAUGUGUGGCGGCACUUUGGAGAUUGUACCCUGCUCCCAUGUGGGCCACAUAUUCCGGAAGCGGUCGCCAUAUAAGUGGCGUUCGGGCGUAAAUGUGCUGAGGAAGAACUCUGUGCGACUGGCCGAAGUUUGGAUGGAUGAGUACUCGCAGUACUACUAUCACCGCAUUGGCAACGACAAGGGCGACUGGGGCGAUGUCAGUGAUCGCAAGGAGUUGCGGAAAAAUCUCAACUGCAAGAGCUUCAAAUGGUAUCUGGACAACAUUUACCCCGAACUCUUUAUUCCCGGCGAUUCGGUGGCCCAUGGAGAGAUUAGAAACUUAGGUUACGGCGGUCGCACCUGCAUGGACGCACCUGCCGGCAAGAAGCACCAGAAGAAGGCAGUGGGCACAUAUCCCUGCCACAGACAGGGCGGGAAUCAGUACUGGAUGCUGAGCAAGGCGGGUGAAAUACGUCGCGACGACUCCUGUCUGGACUAUGCCGGCAAGGAUGUGACGCUUUACGCGUGUCAUGGCGGCAAAGGAAAUCAGUUCUGGUCUUAUCGCGAGAACACGAAGCAGCUGCACCACGGCACCUCCGGCAAGUGCCUGGCCAUCUCGGACUCCAAGGACCGACUGGUGAUGGAGGAGUGCAACAAUAGCCUCAGCCGCCAGCAGUGGUCACUCGAGAACUACGACAGCUCCAAGUUGUGAGGCUACUUCUAUGCGAGGGGUAACCUCAUGUUGCCCACUUCGCGGCGACACCAGCCACCACAUGCAUAGCAGCAGCAGCAGAAGCAGAAGCAGCAACAGGA